ACUACGAACGCCCUUGAAUGCGGCAGCGGUUGCUGGACGUCUGUCUGCACGUCAGUUUUACGACAGUCAACAAGUGAACUGUGCUUUACGGUGGAGCAUGGCGUCCCACAGAUGAGCUGUCUGAAGGACUGAGAGACGGAACAGAUUAUUUCGGCAGCCCUCGGUGAAGCCUGUCGCCUUCUCCCUCCUUCCUCUCCACAAGCAUUCUCCGCUGCGUUCAGGUCCAGGUGGUGAGGACCAGCCAUCAGGAGACGCCAUGGCGGCGCAGGGAGGCAUUCAGUUCCAGGAGAAGGUCAGCAGGCUGCUCAGCAGACACAAGGGGAAGCCGGUGCUGAAGCCCAACAGGACUUUGGCUCUGAGAGAUGCUGUAGCCAACCGUAAACUUCAGAAAGGAGAGGCCUCCUGUAUCACAGAGAUGUCAGUGCUGAUGGCUUGUUGGAAGCAGAACACCUUUGUGGACGGUCUGUGCUCUAAUGAGAUCAACACAUUCUAUGCCUGUGUGAAGGAGGCUCAGGCAGCUGCGAAGAAUAAAUCGGAGCAGAACAGCACCCAGGGAGGACGUCUGCAUCCAAAACUAGCCACAAGCUUGUUGAAGAGAUAUCCUAACAUCCGUACUGAGAUCUAGAAAACCAGCUCCGAAGCAUUUAUUGUAUUAUGUGGACUUACUGUGCAGGUUGAAACAGCCCACUGGACUGAGUCCUCAAACUGGACUUCACCGUGUUCAAGUGUUCAGAGUUGUCAUUGUUCGAACAAGUAAUGUCAUAAUCAUUUAUCGAAUAAAUAUUGCAUGAAGCAGACCAGGGUGAUUUCAUCACAAA